AUGACAGAUAUGAAAGAUUUUAAAGAAGUGAAUAAUAACAAAAAUCCCUCCACUGAGUCUGAUGGUAAUAUAAAAAUGGACGUAGAUCUACAUGGCAAGGUCACCAAUGAUAAUAAUACGGUAAAUCCAUUGAUCAGUCCUGAAACACAGUCGUUUGCUAGCAUAUCGAUGGAAAAACAUAAUAAGCAUGAAGAGGAUAUUCAAAUGGAAAUACAUGACGAAUAUUGUAACGAUGACCCUGGCCUAUUUCAUGAUGCAAAUGGCGAUCUGAACUCCACUAAUUUAACUCACGACAAUUACGUGGAUAACCAAAGUGAUGCUGUGACACAAAAGAUCGAAGAGAAAGAAGAACAAGAAGAUUAUGAAGAAGUAAAUGAAGAGGAGAAAAUUAUUGAGUCUCAAGAUGACAAUCUGUUAGACGAAGAAACGGGAAGAAGGAGAUUGGAUUCAAAAAUAUUCGAAAACAUCCCUCUAUUUGAAGUAAUCAGACCAAAGAGCUUGAAAGAAUUUAUUGGUCAAACGCAUUUAAUUAAUAAUCAUAAUGGGACGAUUAAAAAUUUUAUACGAUUGGGAUAUUUACCUUCCAUGAUAUUACACGGCCCUCCAGGUGUUGGUAAAACAUCUAUUGCCUCAAUUCUAGCUCAGGAGACUGGCUAUAUAUUCGUUGAGUUUUCAGCAACUGAUGCUACUGUAAGUGACCUAAAAGAGUUACUGACAACAAUUGAGAAGGAAAAUCGGAAAAGGUCUAAGAAGGAUAUGCAUUACCUCCGCGUUGUUGUAUUUAUUGACGAGAUUCAUCGGUUUACGAAAACUCAGCAAGAUUUUUUAUUACCGUUUAUCGAACUGGGAGUAUUUACUUUUAUUGGCGCAACAACGUUAAAUCCUGAGACACGUAUCCGUAGAGCUAUUAUUUCCCGUUGUCAAAUAUUUCAAUUGAAUGCCUUAGAAUCCUAUGAAAUUGAUAUUGUGAUACAUAAAGCCAUCUUAUAUGAAAAUAUCAGAAGAAGAGUAUUGCGUAAUUUAAGAUCUCUUUCUUAUGAUGAUGAAUGUUUGAAUUUACUAGUAAGACAAUCGAAUGGUGAUACAAGAGCCGCUGUUAAUUUAGUUGAAUUGGUAAGCACGCAUUAUAAUAUACACGAUCUUGUAUACGAACUUGGAAAACAUGAAUCGUUCGUAAUAGACUUCAUUACUUUGAAAAAAGCUAUUGAAAGCCUCAAAAUAAAUCUUUCCGGUCUUCAAGAUACCAAAAAUUUAGGCUUGUUCCUAAAUUUAUAUGAUUCAAUGAGACAUAUUAAGAAGAGUAGAACUAUAGAAUUAAACGCUCCAGAAAAGAAUCACGAUAAUUCAAAUUUAGAAAUAAAUAAACUUGCUACCUCUUCUCCCAAAUCUGUAUCUGGUACAUGGAUGCUGAAUAAAAUGGAUAGAGAAAAUAAUAAUACGGAGCAGGUUAAGCAUUUGGAUAUCAACAGAGAUAAUUCUUAUUUGGAUGCAAAGAAUAAGGCUAGAGCAGUGAUUUAUAAAUCAGAGAGAAAUUCAUUGGUAAUGAAAAUUACUAUUCCUAGUAAAUUACUAGGUAUGUUUGUGAAGACCGACAAAGAGGCACUAAAUCUGGUCGAUUCUAGUGAUUACGAUGAAGAAUUCAGGAGUUUUCAUCACGGCGCACUGAAAUAUAACGAUUUGGAAAAAUCGUAUAUCGCUCAAAUGGAAGUAUCUGAUGAUAGCGAUGUAGAGGCUGACCCGCUAUAUUUUGAUCAAGAGGAUGAUAUAGAACCAAUAGAUAUGGGAAAGAUAACUUUGACCAAGUACUUCGUUUUGUCUUCGAUUUAUUCGUUGAUUAUGCUUUUGAAUAGAGGAGAGACCCCAUUUUUUAUUGGAAAGCAAUUAAUUUUAUUCACAGCCAUAUACUUGAAAUCUGAUAACUCAGAUAUGGGAAAGACAAUGGCCCUGUUGAAAUCAUUUAAAAAUUCUAAUACGGAUAUGUUGACUACUUUAUCAAAUUGUGUUGUACGACUCACCAGAGCUGAAAAAUUAAACCUUUCAGAAUCCCGUAGUUUCAUCCAGGAAUUGAAAUACAUAAAAAGUUACUGCUACCUGGAAUUACAAAAGCAAAAUAAGAAGAAUGGAAAUCAUAUUGGUGCUCUUAAUGACGAUGCAGUAGAAGUGGUAUACGACUCAAAGCUCGUUGAAGACUUAUUGAAGCCAGCUGACGAAAUUCCAAACAGGACAUCGAAACCAAUUUUUGAAAUAGAAAGCUUAGAUACUUUCAAAGAUGUGAAUAAGGAGUUGUGCAUGCAAAUACCACAGGACAUUGGUGAUAAUGAUGAUGGGAGUUUAGAAAAUUUAAAUUGGACUAUGAUCGAUAUCACUGCAAGUUCACUAUCUGAAUCGAAUAUGGGUGGAUUAGAAGUACGAGAUCGUCCGCCUGUUCAGAUAAAUCAACACGAUUCAAAUUCUGAUGAUAGUGAUGCCAAUGAAACUAAUCUAUCGCUAAUCAAGAACCCUGAAACACAACUGGAAUAA